UUGUAAACUUUUGUAAUUCGUUUUUAAAUUGUUAUUUGUCUUCAAGGUUUAGUGUGCAAAAUUUUAAGUGACAAAAGUUAAAAAAAUAUUUGAAAAAAGUAUUAAAAGUUAAAUAUUGAAACCAUUACGAAAAUUCCGACAGACAAACCGAGCUUUAGGUAAAAUUUCCUCAGUUUAUGGAAAGCAAUUUCCAUUAUAAAGAACAACAGCCACAGGAGCCAACUAAAAAGGCAACUUUAACAAGUAUUGCUAUCGAUCAUCUCACUCCGCAAAAUAGCCAACAACGUUUAAUUCCACUGACCCAACAAGUAGUUAAGGCAAUGAUGGAUUUGAACGGCUCUCAAUCGAGCACGAGUGUCUCGGAGGAGAAGAGCUUUUACAAUACCUUCUCGAUUACCAGUUUGGUGCGAGAAGAAGUGCAGAAUAUAUUGCAAGAACUGCGUGUCACCGAUCAGUUUAUACGCAAAGAGGAGAUUGAUUCGCUUAUAGAACGCUGCUUACGCGAAAAGGUACAAGCCAAAAUCAAAAGCGCAGCGCCCAGUGCCGAGUCCUUGCAGGAUGAUGAGCAAGAGAUGGAAGUGACCGUUGAAAUGUUGAAUGAGACAGACAAGAACAAAUUGAUUGUGGAAAACUUUCAAAUAUUAGACCAACGCAUCACCAAUUUGGAGGAACGAAUUUCAACGGUAUUACAAACUGUGCCAAAACUGCGACAUUUGCAAGCCAAAAAAUUCAAAAUCAAUACAGAUGUAAUACGUGAAGAACUGCGCAGUGUUAUGCAAAAAAUGGUCAAUGAAGACUCUACAAAAUCAAUACCGACCAAUGAAACAACAUCACCAACUUCAGAUAGCGAUUUAAAAGAAAAUAGUACGGUAGCCACAAUCAGUUUAGCUAAAGCAAACGAAAUGAGUCCAGAGGAGAAGGUUAAUCCAUAUGAUGACAUGUUCUAUGAACAGCGUCAAAAUGCUAUGAAUAUGUUAUAUUAUAAAAAAUCCAAAGCAACCAUGGAGCUUAACCAAAGACCCUACCUGAAUCCACAUAUUAAGCCCCUCAUACGCGAAAUAGGCGAUAUCAAAUUCAAGCCCAAACAGAAGGCAGCGUUCAUAACAGAAUAGAAUGUAGAAAGAUGAAGACAGUUUCGUACCUAAAUACACAGUUUCUGGAAUAACAUUUAAACAAAAGCUAAAAUUAAAAUUAAAAAUAUAUUAACAAACUAAUGUAGAAAGUAAAAUAUAAAAAUGCACACGGCAUAAUAUUCAAAUGAAAUGCAUUUAUGAUUAUGUACUCGUAUGUGUGUAUGUAUAAAUGUUUAUGUGUUCUAUGCUUUGUAUUCGUAGAUGUGAGAUGUGAGAUAUUUGAUUACAUUGUAAUGUCCUUUAGCACAGUAUCGCUAAUAUUGAAUAAAUCAUCAUCAUUAUCGGUAA